AUGCACACAAUAUAUGUACGACGAUGUUUGAUUCAAGUUUGCAACGAUGAUCAAUCGAACAUCAUAUUAAUUUUUUUCUGUGGCAACAGCAACAACUGCAACUUCAUCGACCACAACAAGAGCACCAAUGUGGUUGAGUACUGNAGUUCAGAAUUGUAUAAUACAUCAACAGGUAUUUGGACAAUCACUGGUAGUAUGAUUCACAAUCGAAGAUUUCAUAAAUCAUCUGUAUUAACAAAUGGAAAAGUAUUAGUUACUGGUGGAGAGAAUAGUGUUGGUUCUUUGAAUAGUGCGGAAUUAUAUAAUCCAUCUACAGGAACAUGGACACUUAUUGAUAAUAUGAAUAAUAGUCGAUAUCAUCACACAUCAUCUUUAUUGACAAAUGGAAAAAUAUUAAUUGCUGGCGGACAGCAAAUUAGUGCUUUGAAGAGUGCGGAAUUAUAUCAAUCAUAA